AUUAAUUUUCUGCUGGCCUGCACAACUAUGAAUCUACUUCCGGUUAAAAUUUCAACAUGAGUGCAAGAUACGAUCGUGCUAUCACAGUAUUUUCUCCCGAUGGACACCUUUUUCAGGUUGAAUAUGCACAAGAAGCUGUCAAGAAAGGGUCGACAGCUGUUGGUGUAAGAGGGAAAGAUAUAGUUGUUCUUGGUGUAGAAAAGAAAGCUGUUGCUAAAUUACAAGAAGAUAGAACAGUAAGAAAGAUCGCCUUAUUGGAUGAACAUGUAGCUUUGGCAUUUGCAGGAUUAACAGCCGAUGCUAGAAUAUUGAUUAACCGUGCUAGAAUAGAAUGUCAAAGUCAUAAGUUAUCAGUAGAAGAUCCAGUUACAUUAGAAUAUAUUACACGUUAUAUAGCACAGCUAAAACAGAAAUUUACACAGAGUAAUGGACGCAGACCAUUUGGUUUAUCAGCUUUAUUAAUUGGGUUUGACAUUGACGGAACACCACAUCUUUAUCAGACAGAUCCUUCUGGUACCUAUCAUGAAUGGAAGGCAAAUGCUAUAGGUCGAAGUGCUAAGACAGUAAGAGAAUUUUUAGAGAAGAACUACACAGAUGAAAUAGCUGUUAGUGAAGAAGAAACAAUAAAGCUAGCAUUGAAGGCAUUAUCUGAAGUUGUACAAACUGGGGGGAAAAAUAUGGAAAUUGCUGUAAUGAAAAGAAAUCAACCAUUAAAGAUGCUAGAGUCAGAUGAAAUAGAAAAAUAUAUUACAGAGAUUGAAAAAGAAAAGGAUGAAGAAGCUGAGAAGAAAAAGCCGAAAAAAUAAUACAGAUCAAAGUUUAAAUAUAAAUUUCUUAUAAAGAAAAUUUGUUCUCAUUUAUUAUCACACAUCAUCAGUUGACUGUCUGUAUUAAAAUAAAUCAGUUAUUGUACAGUUUCACUGAUUAUUAAAACUGAUUCUUAUUUAAAACUUAA